AUGUUGAGUGGAAUUCUAUUGUUCAAUCAGAAGGGGGAGAAUCUCAUCUUCCGCGCAUUUCGUCCGGACUGUCGUCCUCGACUUGCAGACAUCUUCAGAAUUCAAGUCAUAUCCAAUGCCCAAGUCAGAUCACCUAUUCUCACCCUCGGCUCGACGACUUUCAGUCAUGUCAAACAUGAAAACAUAUACAUUGUUGCCGUCACUAAGAGUAAUGCCAAUGCCGCCAUCGUCUUUGAAUUUGUCUACAGGCUGAUUGGCUUGGGGAAACAAUACUUUGGCAAAUUUGACGAAGAUGCAGUCAAGAAUAAUUUCGUACUUGUGUACGAGCUGCUGGACGAAAUACUCGACUUUGGUUACCCACAGAACACCGAUGUGGACGUACUGAAAAUGUACAUCACUCCUGACAACAUCUCCUCUGCCAUUCGAUCCGUCUCCGCACCUCCCAGUGACACGUCCAGAAUCACCAUGCAAGCCACAGGUGCACAGUCAUGGCGAAGAGGGGAUAUCAAGUACCGCAAGAACGAGGCAUUUGUGGAUGUUAUUGAAGAUGUGAACCUCCUCAUGAGUGCAACGGGCACGGUCCUAAGAGCAGACGUUACAGGUCAGAUCGUGAUGCGAGCCUACCUUACUGGAACGCCGGAAUGCAAGUUUGGCCUCAAUGACCAACUGGUGGUGGGUCAUAUUGCCCAAGGAGAUGGCCCCGUCGGUAAUGUCGACGGCAAACGAAAAGCCACGCGAGCAGCUGCAGGUUCCGUCACGUUAGAAGACUGCCAAUUUCAUCAGUGUGUCCAAUUGGGCAAGUUCGAGACCGACAGAACUAUAUCUUUUGUCCCUCCAGAUGGCGAGUUCGAGUUGAUGCGCUACCGGUCAGUUGAGAAUGUCAACCUACCGUUCAAGAUCCAUGCGAUCGUGCGCGAGGUCGGCACCACCAAAGUCGAAUACAGUAUAGCUGUGAAAGCCAACUAUGGAAGCAAGCUUUUCGCGACCAAUGUUGUGAUCAGGAUCCCAACACCACUGAAUACAGCUAAUAUCACGGAACGGACGACGCAAGGCAAAGCCAAAUACGAACCCGAAAACAACUGCAUGGUAUGGAAGAUUGCGAGAUUUGUGGGUGGAAGCGAAUUCGUUCUCAGCGCCGAAGCACACCUGACGAGUAUGACGAAUCAAAAGGCAUGGUCGCGGCCUCCGCUAAGCAUGAAUUUCUCAUUGUUGAUGUUCACCAGCUCCGGACUGCUGGUUCGCUACUUGAAGGUCUUUGAGAAGAACAACUACAGCAGCGUCAAAUGGGUCCGGUACAUGACCAAGGCCGGCAGCUACGAGGUUCGAUUCUGA